ACUACAGUCUCCAGUAUCACUAGACACUUUUGUCACGCGCCCAUCUCGAAGAGAACCAACCCCGACCAAGAAAAAAAACAAGAAAAUAAUACACAAUUGGCGACGGUGGUGCAGAGGUUCUCCGUGUGAUCCGAUCGAACGGAACUAGGACCGACACGGACCAGGUCUAAAUCCGUGAGGUCAGCGGUAUUAUGGCCGGCGACAUGUCCAUCGGCUGUGCGGCCCUAAAGCGAUCCAGCAAGCUGAGGUCCUGCACCAGUGCCGCCGACACGGACUCAAUGCGGGUGCCCAGCGACCACAGGGACAACGGGAGCCUGGUCAAGCCGCCUCCGGUGCCGCCGCAGAAUAUGCGCGGCGGUCUGCGGGUGUACAAGAUCGUCAUCCUUGGUGACGGCGGCGUUGGAAAGUCAGCUGUCACCCUUCAGUUCGUAAGCCACAGUUUCCUGGACUACCACGACCCCACAAUUGAGGAUUCCUACCAGCAACAGGCGGUCAUCGACAAUGAGGCCGCUCUGCUCGACAUCCUUGACACCGCCGGCCAGGUGGAGUUCACGGCCAUGCGGGACCAAUACAUGCGUUGCGGCGAAGGUUUCAUCAUAUGCUAUUCGGUCACCGACCGCCACAGCUUCCAGGAGGCAUCCGAGUACAGGAAACUGAUCACCCGUGUCCGCCUGUCCGAGGACAUUCCACUGGUUCUGAUUGCCAACAAGGUGGACCUGGAGUCGCAACGACGCGUGACCACCGAGGAGGGCCGGAACCUGGCCAACCAGUUUGGCUGCCCAUUUUUUGAGACAUCGGCUGCACUGCGUCAUUAUAUCGACGAGGCGUUCUACACGCUGGUCCGCGAGAUUCGGCGCAAGGAAAUGCAGAAGGCCCUGGGCACGGACUCUAAUUCGGAGAAGAUUCACACGGGGCGACGGAGUCGCUGGUGGCGCAUCCGAUCCAUCUUCGCUUUGGUUUUCCGGCGCAGACGAAACCUCAACUAGGCCUGGAUGUGGGUUCCCUCAAAUGAGUGCAAUAUUAACCACAAAACCGAGUAACUUUUGUUUGCUAUAUAUUCUAUAUAGCACAUACCCAUCAGAUACAACAUACAAGAGAGAAUUAACCGAUCGAAAAGGAUAACUAAUUGUUAUGGCCACAGUGGUUUAUUUAUUAUUUGUUACAAAAACUAUUUAAAGUACUUGUUGUUGGCCGGAAAGGAUAGCGAGGCAGUAGAUCAGCGAUAGAGUAUAUCAAUACGUUUAAGCACCGAUCCAAAAGAUACAUAUUAACAAUGCACGUACAUAUGUUUAUGUAGUAAAUAUUACUAACGUUGAUUCCUAGACGAGAGCGAUUAAGCAAGUGUGGCAAUUGGCUAAAGCUCAAAAGCAUUUAAAUUCAGCAAGAUCGAGGGAUAGUCCCCAACUAACAAUCUGAUGAUACUGAAUCCUAGCCAGGAGAUUAACCCAACAGCCAAUUGCCAGGUGCGAAGAGCAGAGUAGGGGAAGAUUUUUAAACUUAUGUAUGUACGUAUUUACCCAGAAUACACGCACAUGACAUACGACACGAGCCACACAUUUAACUAAUCGAAUAAAUGUUGAAUUUAAUGUAUACUAAUAUUAUAAAUCGAUCGAUCGACAUAAGUAUGUAAAACGCGGGAACAUUGCAAAUUAUAAAAUAUGAAUGAGAA